UACUAGCAGUGUCCCACGAUAUGAAUCCCAGGCUAGUUAUUGACGUAAUCUAGCUCACCAAUUGCCUAUAUUGUGCGUGUCUAUUCCCUUAAAUCUAAUCACGCAAUUUUAGCACCAAAGAUUCUGACUUGCGUACUGCUCUGGUGUCCUAACCGCCGCCUUUCUUGUAGCACUUGUUUAAUCAGAGGUUCUUAAAUUGUCUAGUUCUUUAUCUGCUUGGUUAGUCUCGUUUGGUCCUCACGAGCAUAAGUUUCCAUGGAGUAUUUGGCUGUAGAAAUUCCUUAUUCGACGUAUGCCCCAGAGCUUUUGGAAAUUGGAAGCUCUUGACACUUAUUUCUUAAAAAGGGGCGUGCUAUUGUUUUGCUGCCGGUUAAUUUUAGAUGUUUCCAUGCAACUUAUUUGGCCUGUGGAACCUUCAUGCAGUUUGGACAAAUGUUCCUGUUUGACUGUGGACUAAUGUCUGAGUAAACGGGUGAAAAUAUUCGUGUAGUUUACAAGUCCCUUCAUGUGAAUUUCUUUAAUUUUCAAUGGUAUGCUCUGAGCUGGCAGUCAAACAAUUCAUCUGUACAAUAUUUAUGUGGUAAUCGCUCUUCAAUGGUAUGAUUUGUGUUGGCCUUGGCCUAUUCGUUUCUUGAUAAGUGUAGUUAUGGCUAUUGCUUGUGUAAUGGUGGAGGGAUCAUCCGUGGUUCGUUUUAUGUUCUGUAUUACUUCCCUUUGCCUACAAGCAAUGGUUGUGGGACCAUCACCUUAGCGCCACUACAUCAUAAUGGAACUAUUGUUCCCCUUUUCUUUUGGCUAGCAUCUUGUCAGCUUUAAGUAUUAUAUGCAGAAAACAAGAAUCCUUCAAUCAUGAAGUCAUCACCUUUGCGUCAUUUUGGAGAAAUCCUUUCCUUCAAGCGUCAGGGGAGGACUGCUAGCUUUUCUCCCCUGAAAGAAAUAUUAGAGAUAGUCACCUAAUUUCUUUCUUGACCGAGUUUAAAGGACCAUUUCUCUUUGUAUGGGUGUUUCUGGGCUGUGCCACGAGGACCGCUGACAGCUUAGUUGUAGCAUGGACACAUAAAGUGUAUGACCGAGUUUAAAGGACCAUUUCUCUUUGUAUGGGUGUUAGGCAUUAUGCUAAUUUAAAUAGGUUUACUUCAAUUGAUACACUUCUGGGAUAAUCUACAACCACGUCUCCAUUUGACUGCCAUAUGGAACAUCAUAUACAAACGAAUCAUGGAUCUGUAUCUGUUGCAGUGUAUGGUGACCAUGACAAGCCUGCUUUUGUUACUUAUCCAGAUAUUGCUUUAAAUCAUAUGUCUUGCUUCCAAGGAUUGUUAUUCUGUCCUGAAGCUGCUUCGCUGCUGCUUCACAAUUUUUGCAUUUACCAUAUCAGCCCCCCAGGACAUGAGUUAGGAGCUGCUCCAAUUUCACCAAAUGCUCCUAUACCAUCUGUUGAUGACUUGGCAGAUCAGGUUGCAGAUGUCCUUGAUUUCUUUGGAUUAGGCUCCGUCAUGUGCUUUGGUGUCACUGCAGGUGCUUACAUUCUAACUCUGUUUGCGGCAAAGUAUAGGGAGCGUGUACUAGGUCUUAUCCUUGUUUCACCUCUAUGUAAAUCUCCCAACUGGACUGAAUGGUUAUACAGUAAGGUGAUGUCCAAUUUGCUGUAUUAUUAUGGGAUGUGUGGGUUGGUGAAGGAGUGCCUACUUCAGCGGUACUUCAGCAAGGAAGUGCGAGGAUGCUCUGAGUUACCUGAAUCAGACAUAGCGCAGGCUUGUAGAAGCUUGCUAGAUCAGCGGCAGAGCAUGAAUGUAUGGCGCUUUGUGCAGACAAUGAAUGAGAGAUAUGACUUGACAGAACAGCUGAAGCAGCUGCAGUGUAGAACCCUGAUUUUUGUCGGUGAGAAUUCUCAGUUCCACACUGAGGCUGUUCACAUGACAUCGAAGCUCGAUAGGAGAUAUUGUGCUCUAAUUGAGGUCCAAGCAUGUGGGUCACUCGUAACCGAGGAGCAACCACAUGCAAUGCUUAUACCAAUGGAGUACUUUUUCAUGGGAUAUGGUCUGUACAGGCCGAGCCAGCUUGACUGCAGCCCGCGCAGCCCCCUCAGCCCAUUCUGUAUAUCGCCGGAGCUCCUGUCGCCUGAGAGCAUGGGAGUGAAGCUAAAGCCAAUCAAGACGCGAGUCAGGCUUGAAGUGUAGCAGAAGUGAAUAAGGGUGGUGCAGGGUGAGAGUUUAGGCUAACCCAAGGUUCGUUGUACUGAGGUGCCUGUCUUAAUUUUUGGGGGUAAAGUGAAAUACCUGUUAUACUGUCAUGUAUAUAUAGGAAAGAUGCUAGGUUGGGGAGCUUGGGUGGGUGGUUCUAUUCAUUGAUUUGUUGCCUGAAACCUGUAAAUUGUCAUACAUUGUUUAUCAAAAGAAAUCAAAGGAAAUAAUAGCUGAAGAUGAGGUGUACAGUUUUAUGCCACUGUUCUGUCUGAAGCUUCUAGCUUAUGUUAGGACUGUUGCAUUAUUUUUUAGACAAAGGAUGGCAUUGUUAAGAUACUGGUUUUCAACGAAGGCAUACAUGCACAGAAUGUGAUUCCUUUGCCUACUUUGGAUUUGGACUACUAGGAAUACAUAUACAGACAGGUGCCAUGUCUUGUAUUUCUGUCAUGUUGUAAGCAUAUAUGCACAAUUAUUAAAUUAAGUGGUUGCGUAUUGUGCCACGUUUUCCUAACAA